UGAGAGAGAUAGAGAGAUCAAAAAAACAGUAAAAGGGUAGAAGUCAUGGAAAUUUAGACUACUCAUGAGGACUGUUUUGUCAUUUGCCUUCUAGUUUAUAUUGAAAAGGCAUAAAUCAUAAUUGACAAUUUAUCUGCUUUACAUCUUAUUGGGAUGAGGAAAGACAAUAAUGUCCCUGUUAUGUAAACUCUUUUAUAUAGUAUAAAAUUCAUCAAAUUUUUUAAUUGACUCAGGAGAUAGUAUUAUUUACAUGUGCUGUGUGAAUAUUUGGAUGCUGUUACAAUGUUGUUUUUUGGGGGGUAAAUCAAUUCUGUUAUGUAUGUUAAUAUCCUUUUCUUCAUCUCCCAUAUAAUAUAACAAAUCAUGGUGUUUGAUAUGUUUAGAGCUUAGCUGUGUAACCUGUUAGUAUUUUUGUUGAGCUCCUGGUAUAUACUGUAGCAUGUUUUCCUGGUAUAUGAAAUGUUCUGUAAUUUACUUUUGGUUCAAAUCAGAGUAUCUGGAACUAAAGUUGACUUAUUAAUUGAUCUAUAUAGGUUCAUUUUAGUGUUAAUUGCUUGCUAGGACGCCUAGCUUAAAUUGCCUGCUAAUAUCUUGGAUUUAUUUGUUUAAUAAAAUAAAUGGUGUUGUACUGACAGAAAAAGGUGGGUAUAUAGUCUUAGAACUCGAAUUACUUUGCAGUUUUUAACUGGUGGAUCUAAUAAGCUUCAGUGGGAUGCUGUGAGUUUUGUGAAUGAUAGUUGAGAAUCAGUCAAGAGUUCCAGUUUGGUGCUUCACUAUGGGUAAUAGUGAAGAGACAGAACCUUCUAAGCCUGAGAAAACAUCUUCACCUCCACCGGAUCAAGCCAACAUCCAUGUCUAUCCCGAUUGGGCAGCAAUGCAGGCAUACUAUGGCCCCAGAGUUGCUGCACCACCAUAUUUCAACUCACCCAUCACACCUGGUCAUGCUCCUCACCCUUAUAUGUGGGGACCAACACAGCCUAUGAUGCCACCAUUUGGGCCACAUUAUGUGGCAUUCUAUGCGCAUGGAGGUGUAUAUGCACAUCCUGGAGUUCCUCUUGCUGCUAUGCCAAACAUGGAACCACCUUCCAAGUCAUCAGGAAAUACAGAUCAAGGACUGUUGAAGAAGUUGAAAAGGUUUGAUGGGCUAGCAAUGUCGAUAGGCAAUGGAAAUAGCACCGACAGUGCUGGAGGAGGAGCUAACAAUUCUCAUUCUCAGAGCGAGGAGACAGAAGGUUCAAGUGAUCGAAGUAACGGAAACAUGGCAAGGGCGCGUGAAAAUGGUAGGAAAAGAAGCCGCGAGGAAACAACUAUUGGUGGUGAAGACAGGAAGACUGAAACCCAGGACAGUCCAGUUGCAGCAGUUAAAGUAAGUGGAGCUCCUGAUAAAGUUAUGGGUGUCAAUGUGGGAGCUACCAUGGCAUUGGAGCUCCCAAACGCAAAUGCAACAGAAGCGUGGUUACAGAAUGAGCGGGAGUUUAAACGAGAAAGAAGGAAACAGUCUAAUCGUGAAUCUGCAAGAAGGUCCAGAUUGAGGAGGCAGGCCGAGACUGAAGAACUUGCAAUAAGAGUUGAAUCCCUGACAGCUGAGAAUACGACACUCAAGUCAGAAAUCAAUCGGCUAACUGAGAAUUCAGCAAAACGGAAGCUUGAAAAUACUACAUUACUGGAGAAACUGAAAGAUGCACAAGGAGGACGAACAGAAUUGGUAAUUUUAACCAAGAUGGAUGAUAAUAGGAUCCCUGUAAAUACAGAGAACCUUCUGGCUCGAGUCAACAAUUCUGGAUCCAUUGAUAGAAGUGACGAAGGGGGUGAUCUAAUGUACGAGAGUAAUAAGUCAAACUCUGGUGCAAAGCUCCGGCAGCUUCUAGAUGCGAGUCCGAGGACUGAUGCUGUGGCCGCUAGCUAAUUGAGGAAAGGAGACGCAUUUAGAUUUUAAGUACAUCGUGUGAUUUUGGCAUAAUUACAAGCCCACAGUCACCGCUAACAGUCGUAGAGGAAGAUAAUAACGAGAACAGGAAUUAAGAACAAAAAAAGACUGAUUGUUACUUGUGAUGUAGCUCUCUUGUGGUAGAACUGAGGUGUGUUUUAUUAGAUUCAGAGUGCCAUGAUGGCUGAUGUAACUAAAAUAAAAUAGAUUAGGGGUGGCAGGCACUGUAACUAUAGUUCUGGUUUGUGUAACUUACUUGAGCAGCUUUUAUGGACCCUUGAAGAGGUUUGGGAUAAAUAGAUUUCAUGGAGAUGUC